AUGUCAAAUGGAAAGGGUGCGUGUCAGACCAAGAACACGGUCCGCGUGAAGGAUGACGACAAGGAGGAAAAGGAGAUCAUCCCACUGGACAAGGAUGACAUUGCGCUGCUCAAUCUCUACGGUUCUGGUCCCUACCACGCGAGCAUCAAGGAGCUCGAGGAGUUUGUGAAGUCGCACGUGGAGGAGCUGAACAAGAUGGGCGGCAUGAAGGAGAGUGAAUUGGGUCUCGCGCCAGCUGUGCAGUGGGAUCUGAACAGCGACCAGAAGGUCCUGGAGCGCGAAAACCCGCUGCACGUCGGCCGCUGCGAGCGCAUCCUCAACAAGGGCCAAGACGACGCGCGGUAUGUAAUUAGUAUCCGCGACCACGCCAAGUACGUCGUCACCAUCGGCGAGCGUGUUGCACCAGAAGACAUCGAGGAGUCCAUGCGUGUUGGCGUGAUCAUGGGCUACAGUAAGAUCCAGAUCGAGAUCCCACUGCCGCCGCGCAUUGACCGAUCCGUGUCAAUGAUGCAGGUGGAGGACAAGCCCGAUGUGACCUACGCCGACGUCGGCGGUGUUAAAGAGCAGAUUGAGCGCAUUCGCGAGGUGGUGGAGCUGCCCAUCACGCACCCGGAGAAGUACACGCAGCUGGGCAUUGAUCCCCCGAAGGGAGUGCUGCUCUAUGGUCCUCCGGGCACCGGCAAGACGCUGCUGGCCAAGGCCGUGGCGAACCGCACGGAUGCCACGUUCAUUCGUGUAAUUGGCUCCGAGCUCGUGCAACGAUACAUCGGCGAAGGCGCUCGCAUGAUUCGUGAGAUCUUUCAGCUGGCGCGUACGAAGAAGGCGUGCAUCAUCUUUUUUGACGAGGUCGAUGCCGUCGGCGGCAGCCGCGGCAGUGGUGACGGCGAUGACGAGAUCCAGCGCACCAUGCUGGAGAUGGUGAAUCAGAUGGACGGCUUCGACUCGCGCGGCAACAUCAAGGUAAUCAUGGCGACGAACCGGCCUGACACGCUAGACCCCGCCUUGACUCGACCAGGGCGCAUGGAUCGCAAGCUCGAGAUUGGCCUGCCUGACUUGGAAGGUCGCACGAACAUCCUCCGUAUCCAUUCGCGCUCUCUCUCCUGCGAAAAGGAUGUGCGGUUUGAGUUGAUUGCCCGACUGUGCCCAAACACCACGGGCGCUGAUCUGCGCUCAGUUUGCACGGAGGCUGGCAUGUUUGCCAUCCGCGCCCGCCGCAAGACGAUCAACGAGAAGGACUUCUUAGACUCGGUGAACAAGGUGGUAAAGGGCCAGCACAAGUUCAGUGCCACUGCCAAGUAUAUGGUGUACAACUGA